UCGGCCCGAGUUGAGUAAACAAACAAUGACACGUGUACCUUUUUAAUUAAAUUUCUUAAUAUCAAGUACAAAUACACAAGCUAAAUUAUAAGCUAAAACCAGUGAUAAUUAAUGCAAAAAUCCAACUACCUCAUAAGCAUGGCCAAUAAAUUUUAUUAUUUCGGCUUUGGCAGCAAUAUGCUAGCCAGUCGGAUUCAUAUACAAAACCCAACUGCCAAGAGAAUAGGAGCCGGGCGAUUGGAGAACUAUCGCCUGGAUUUUCACACGGGAUCUAAAAACUGGUUAGGUGCUCCUGCCACCAUUGUACCCACUCCGGGGGCCCAUGUCUAUGGAGCCAUUUGGGAGAUAGAUAUGUGCAAUCUGAAAGAUUUGGAUGACCAGGAAAGUGUACCCGAUGGCGUUUACAUUCCAAUCAGUGUGCCUGUCCACUCUCUGACUUCAGACUCAAGCAUUACCUGUCGCGCCUAUCACCUCACAAAUCAGCCCCAGACGGAGAUUCAUGACAGCGGUGCUCAGAAUAAUAUUCCCUUUGAUCGUCAGCCGUCGAAAACAUAUCUCAAGGUGUUGGUCAAGGGAGCCAGGGAAUCCGGCAUCCCCGAAGAUUAUGUCCAGUGGUUGAGGGGCAUUAAGCAUAAUGGCAAGGAAGUGCCGGCAAUGGAGGAGAAACUGGAACUGGACCAAGUGGAACUGAGUUUCUAACUCACUAACUGAAAAAAGAAAUUUGUAUACCCUUGCAGUUUGCCAUAGGAUCAUGGCAUCAAAUAAAAACCGAUCAUAACCAA